UUUAAACGGGAUGGAAAACCAUGCAAACAACCUGACCGUGUGUUCGGGACCGAAUCGGGAAACAAUGAAGCUUUUCAUCCAGGUGACCCAUCUGAGCGUUUUUAUUAAAACGCAUGAUGAGGAAGAGCUGAGAGAGGGACUCGAGCGCAGACCUGCAGCAGCUGCACACUGACUCACUCACUGACUGCUGUUUGUUUUUUUUUUUUUUUGCCUGCUCUUUUCUUUUCCUUUCUUGCAGUCAUGAUUGCAAUACUGAAACGCAGAGCACCAGCUUCUUUCUUUCAUGCAUUUGAGUCUUUAUUUGAUUAAAAAUGUCCAGAAAUGUCGGUGAGUGAGGACAUACAGGGGACAGAGAGACUCCCAGCAAUGGCUCGCAUCACUGAAACGCUGGGGCGCGCGAGCUGAUGGGCAACACAAACGCUGAUGCAGAUGUGGAAGGAAACAUCUGCAAUGUGAUCCAAGAAACCACCUGCGCUUCACAUGUGAUGCUGAAGGUCGGAGGGAUGAAGCUGUUCUUCAUGAAGGGCUUAUUGUUCCUGCACUGGGCUUGGCUUUGUUUGGCUGCUUGUGGUGGGAAGGUGGAGCUGCACACGGAGAGAAGAGGAGUGAUCUACAGCCCGUCCUGGCCUCUAAACUAUCCUGCUGGAGUCAAUUGCUCCUGGAACAUCCAGGGGAACCGCGGCGAGGUCAUCACUAUAAGCUUCCGCAGUUUUGACGUGGAGGAGUCGGGGGGAUGUCGGGGAGACUGGCUGCUGCUCGGCCCGACAUGGAAAGACGAGUAUCGUGUGUGUGGCUCGGCGCUGCCCCCUCCGUUCAUCUCCUCUCGAGGUGCCGUGUGGCUCCACUUUCACUCGCAGGCCAACAGCUCGGGUCUGGCGCAAGGCUUCCGGCUCUCCUACAUCCGCAGUCGUCUGGGAGAGAGUAGUUGUGAGAGUGAUGAGUAUCUGUGUGGUAAUGGGAAAUGUGUGCCGCGCUCCUGGCGCUGUAAUGGACUGGACGAAUGCGGAGACAACACGGAUGAGAGGAACUGCAUUGGCCCUCCCACGCCCGCCCAGGCCAGCCUGUGUGCUCAGGGUACACUGGAGUGCAGCCUUACCCAGUCAACUCGCUGCCUGCCCUCAGCGCUCCGCUGUAAUGGUGUGCACGAUUGCCCUGACGGCUCUGAUGAGGCUCAGUGUCCUGAUAUGGUGUGUGGAAAACGGCUGGCCAACUUCUACGGCAUGUUCGCCUCGCCCGAUUUCUUCCGGCCAAACCGCAGCACAGGCACUGACCUCUACUGCACCUGGUUCCUGGACACACAGGACCCGAAGCCCCUGCUGCUGCGGUUGGACCUGCAGCUGGGAGCGGGUGACUCGGUGCGUGUGUAUGAUGGUCUCGGGGAACGAGCCGAGCGUCUGCUGCAGAGUCUGACACACCACAACAACCAGCGUUCGGCCGUGCUGGAGUCCUCACAGGGGCAGAUGAGCGUCCUGUACCACGCCAAACCACACAGUCAGGGGCACGGCUUCAACGCCUCCUACCAGGUGAAGGGUUACUGUUUCCCUGGUGAGCUUCCAUGCGGGCCGGAUGAAGGCUGUUACUCUCAGCAUCAGCGCUGUGAUGGGUACUGGCAUUGCCCGAGUGGCCGUGAUGAGCUGGGGUGUGCGCUGUGUGCCCCGGGUCAGUACCCGUGCCAGGGAGCCGGAGGUGUGUGUUACUCGGCUCACGAGCGCUGUGAUAAUCAGAAACAGUGCCCAGACGGAUCAGAUGAGAAAAACUGUUUCUCGUGCCAGCCGGGGACAUUCCACUGCGCGACUAACCUGUGCAUCCUGGAGACGUGGCGCUGUGACGGGCAGGAGGACUGCGCUGACGGCAGUGACGAGCGUGAGUGCCAGGCUGCAGUGCCACGCAAAGUGAUCACGGCGGCGCUGAUCGGCAGCCUGGCGUGCGGCUUGCUGCUCGUCAUCGCCCUCGGCUGCGCUUUCAAACUCUACUCACUCCGAACGAGGGAGUACCGAGCCUUUGAAACCCAGAUGACUCAACUGGAGGCAGAGUUUGUUCAAAGAGAAGCUCCGCCCUCAUAUGGUCAGCUGAUUGCUCAGGGGCUCAUCCCACCUGUGGAAGAUUUUCCUGCUUAUAAUCCUGCUCAGGCGUCCGUCCUGCACAGUCUCCGCUCGGCCAUGCGGAGACAGAUGAGGCGUCACUCUUCCCGUCGAAUGGCGUCGCGCCGCAGACUGGGUCGCCUUUGGAGUCGUCUGUUCCAGCGAGGGAGUCGACUGCGUAGUCAUAUCCUGCUCCUUACACCGCCUGGGCGUGCACACAGUCCCUCACAGACACACCCUCUGCCGUCUGGUCACGCGCACGUCAGCUCUCGGACUGGGAAUAAUAGCCACUGUGCUGUCGAGGGGCAGAGCUGCGAGUGGGUGGACCUGCAGGCUCACACCGAGAUUCUGUGCUUAGCUGAAAGCGGGUCAUCGCUCACAUCGCCGACACUGCCACACUCCACCCCGGACACGCUGGAGGAUGAAGACGACGAGAAUGACGAUGAGGAUCGUAAUCGAGCAGCAGAUAUUGAGCGCAGAUCACGUGAGGCUCCACGUCGACCCUCACGUCUACCGUUUCAAUCACGCGUGUCCAGGAGGGUCGUCCAGGGACUCGCGGCAGAACUGGGAGCCACGCCAAUGACCCGCUACUCCAUACUGGACGUCUCUCCUUUGUCCACUCCUGAGUCUCUGACAUCAUCAUCAUCAUCAUCGUCAUCAUCCAGCAGUCAGAAUGAGGAGGAGAUCAGUUCACCGACGCACACUGAUGUCUGCACAAACACACACACUGAUCCACACACUGACCUGAACACACACUCGGCAGUUCGAGAUAAACCUCUAAAGCCAAACAGGAUGCAGAGUGGACACCCGAGCAGCGACGAAGACGAGGACGAUGUUCUGUUCAUGCACUAAAUGGUCUUCUUCGUCCUCUUUUAAACUUUUUUACACCUUUCACAGAAAUCUUGUAAUUAACGACGAUCGUUCCAACGCAGAAUUCGUCCAUCAUGGCAUCAAUUUUAUUAACACUUGACUGAAUCUGUUUAUAAUUCACAAACAGAAAUGACUGUCGGUGCAGACAUGAAGAGGAGUGUGUGCAGGCGUGGCCAGAGUUUCUCUGCAGAGAAUGUGGGUGUGGUCAGAAUUUCUGCAGGAGUGUUUGGGUGUUUUACAGGUAGAUGGGUGUGGUCAAAGUUUCUGUCGGAUUGUGUUUACUGAGCAUUUCUGCAGCAUUUGCAAGUCAUGGUUUACAGGCGUGUUUUACAGGUAGCUGGAUGUGGUCAAAGUUUCUGUCGGAUUGUGUGAGGGUGUACUAAACUAAGCGUUUCUACAGGAACAUGUAGGGCGUGGUUACAUAAUGUGCAGGCAGGUGGGUGGGUUACAGUUCCUGAAGGAAUGCCUCUGGGUGUUCUACAGAUUCAGAGUUUUUCCAGGAGCAUUUGGGCGUGGUCACAGUUUGUGCAGGAAUAUGUGGGGGCGUGAUCUGUGUUUCUCUAGUGGUCACAGUUUCUACAAGGACACAUGGAUGGGUGUAAUCACUGUUUAUGUAGGGACAAGUGGAAGUGGGUGUGGUCAGUGUGUCUGGAGGAAUAUAUGGGUGUGGUCACAGAUUGUUCAGGAAUAUGUGAGGGUGUGAUCAGCAUUUCUCUAGUGGUCACAGUUUCUACAAAGACGCAUGGAUGGGUGUAGGUAGAAGUGGGUGUGGUCAUUGUGUCUGUCGGAACAUUUGGGCGUGGACAUUGGGCGUGGUGUGGUCAUGGAGUCUGUCGCAGCUUGGGGCUUGGUCAUUGUUUCUGGACAAGCAUGUGGAGGUGGGUGUUGUUUCUCCCAGGAUAUGUGGGUGUGGAUAUUGUUUCUACAGGUGUAUGUGGGUGUGGUCAAAGUUUCUACUGAGACGUGUGGGUGUAGCGAUUGUUUGUGUCUGGUUACGGUUUCUUUAAAGGGAUAGUUCGGGAUUUUUGACAUG